GGCAAAUCAUCAAUGCACUGCCCAGGAUCUCUGCAAGCAUAUUAGCGCACGCGCUGCUGAGUCUUAUAUGUAGCGUUCAUGGUCCGAAUAUGAGUUUACGAACGAGGACAGUGGAGCUCCAAAAUCUAAACUGCCACUGGAACGACACGCCCUUCAUAACAUCAGGAUGUGACAGCAUCUUCUCGCAGUCCAACAUGCCGAAACAUGUACCAUUUGUAUCAUGUAGUUCUUCUCAAAUCGCAGAUCAUCAUGUUCGAAAUUGCCAUGUGGAGUUUGUUUCAGUAGCACGUCUGUUGCAAGAUCAACCCCGCUCAAACAUCACGUGUUCUGGUCAUGUGUACGAUGCUCCCAGGGGAGGCCUAGGCUGG